CUUAAGUAGACAGCUAAUCACACUGGUUGGCUUUCCAGAAUCCUGUGUUUGAGAGUAACGUCAGCGUACAGUAGUCUAGACUUGAGUUGUCUGUUUUGACAGUUUGGACGGUGCAUUUCUGGAGGAAAGAGGGAAAGGACUCCUGGAAGCAUGACUAACCCUUUUGCCCACCUCGUUGAGGAUCUAGACCCAAGUCACCCAGAACACAAGUUCUACAACCUCUCAAAACUUGGAGACCCCAGAUAUGAGCGUCUCCCGUUCUCCAUCCGCGUGCUGCUGGAGUCUGCCGUCAGGAACUGUGACGAGUUCCUGGUGAAGCCGGCGGACGUGGAGAGCAUCCUGAACUGGAAGCAGACCCAGAGCCAGAGCGUGGAGGUGCCGUUCAGACCCGCCCGCGUCAUCCUGCAGGACUUCACUGGAGUCCCUGCAGUGGUGGACUUUGCUGCCAUGCGGGAUGCAGUGAAGAAACUGGGAGGGGAUCCAGAGAGGAUCAACCCUGUCUGUCCAGCUGACCUGGUCAUCGAUCAUUCCAUUCAGGUGGACUUCAACAGAAAUUCUAAUUCAACCUCAAGGUCGGAUAGCCUCCAGAAAAACCAGGACUUGGAAUUUGACAGAAACCGAGAGCGGUUUGAGUUCCUGAAGUGGGGCUCUAAUGCGUUCAAGAACAUGCGAAUCAUCCCCCCUGGUUCUGGGAUCGUGCACCAGGUCAACCUGGAGUACCUGGCCAGGGUGGUGUUCCAGCAGGAUGGCUUCUACUACCCUGACAGCCUGGUGGGCACAGACUCCCACACCACCAUGAUCGAUGGGCUGGGUGUGCUGGGCUGGGGAGUCGGUGGCAUCGAGGCAGAAGCUGUAAUGCUUGGCCAGCCCAUCAGCAUGGUACUCCCUGAGGUGAUUGGCUAUCGGCUAUUUGGAAGCCCAAACAAGCUGAUUACCUCCACGGAUAUUGUUCUCACUGUCACCAAGCACCUGCGCCAGGUAGGCGUGGUGGGGAAGUUUGUGGAGUUUUUCGGCCCGGGCGUGGGCCAGCUGUCCAUCGCCGACAGAGCCACCAUCGCCAACAUGUGUCCCGAGUACGGAGCCACGGCCGCCUUCUUCCCCGUGGACGACGUCAGCGUCCAGUACCUGGAGCAGACGGGGCGAGAUGCUGAGAAGCUGGCCUACAUCAGCAGCUAUCUGAAGGCCGUGGGCAUGUUCCGAGACUACAACAACGAAUCGCAGGACCCAGAGUUCACACAGGUGUUUGAGCUGGACCUGAGCUCGGUGGUUCCCUGCUGUAGCGGUCCCAAGAGGCCGCAGGACAGGGUGGCUGUGUCCGACAUGAAGACAGACUUUGAGUCCUGCCUGGGGGCCAAGCAAGGCUUUAAGGGCUUCCAGGUGGCUGCAGAGAGCCACGAGGCAGUGGUUCCCUUCCAGUUUAAAGACAAAGAGUACUCCCUCUCCCACGGGUCUGUGGUCAUCGCAGCCAUCACCAGCUGCACCAACACCAGCAACCCCUCGGUCAUGCUGGGGGCCGGGCUGCUGGCUAAGAAGGCCAUAGAAUGUGGGCUGAGCGUGAAGCCGUACAUCAAAACCAGCUUGUCGCCGGGCAGCGGGGUGGUCACCUACUACCUGAAGGAGAGUGGAGUGAUGGACUACCUCUCCCAGCUUGGGUUUGAGGUGGUUGGCUAUGGCUGUAUGACGUGUAUAGGAAACAGUGGACCUCUCCCAGAACCUGUGGUAGAGGCUAUCACUCAGGGAGAUCUUGUUGCGGCUGGCGUCCUAUCAGGCAACAGGAACUUUGAGGGGCGGGUCCACCCUAAUACCAGAGCAAAUUAUUUGGCCUCUCCGCCUCUAGUCAUUGCGUACGCCAUCGCUGGUACUGUGAGGAUCGAUUUUGAUAAAGAACCCAUCGCUAUGAACAAAGAAGGGAAGGAGGUCUUCCUGAGGGACAUCUGGCCCUCGAGACAGGAGAUCCAGGCCGUCGAGCGGGAGUUUGUCAUUCCAUCCAUGUUUAAAGAAGUCUACGAGAAGAUCGAGAAGGUGAAUGAACGCUGGAACGCCCUGGACGCCCCCUCGGACAAGUUGUACCCCUGGGACCCCAGGUCCACCUAUAUCAAGUCCCCCCCUUUCUUCCAUGGCCUGACCAAGGAGCUGGCUUCCAUCAAAUCUAUAACCGACGCCCACGUGCUGCUGAACUUUGGGGACUCCGUGACCACGGACCACAUCUCUCCUGCGGGGAACAUUGCCCGAACGAGCCCUGCAGCCCGCUACCUGACCACCAGGGGACUGAACCCACGAGACUUCAACUCCUACGGCUCUCGCCGUGGCAACGAUGCCGUGAUGGCCCGGGGCACGUUCGCCAACAUCCGUCUCUUCAACAAGUUCGUCAACAAGCAAGCACCACGCACCCUGCACAUCCCCUCUGGAGAGAUGCUGGACGUGUUUGACGCUGCCGAGAAGUACAAGGAGACCGGCACCCCUCUGCUCAUCCUGGCGGGGAAGGAGUACGGCUCGGGCAGCUCCAGAGACUGGGCCGCCAAAGGCCCCUUCCUGCUGGGUGUGAAGGCCGUCCUGGCGGAGAGCUAUGAGAGGAUCCACCGCAGCAACCUGGUGGGCAUGGGGGUCAUCCCCCUGGAGUACCUGCCCGGAGACACUGCAGACAGCCUGGGACUGACCGGCAAGGAGCGCUACACCGUGGUCUUCCCCGAGAAGCCCAUCCCCAGGAUGACAGUCACUGUUAAGCUCGACACCGGCAAAACAUUCCAGGUCCGGAUGAGGUUUGACACAGAUGUAGAGAUGACGUACUUCCACCAUGGAGGCAUCCUGAACUACAUGAUCCGCAAGAUGUCCGCCGACUAGACCCUGUUGACAAGGCAAGCCAUACUAAAACACGCACAUGGAAUUGUUAUGAGGCUGGAUGAGCAUCCUGUCUUCAUGAUUUGGGUUAGGGUUCAUUAAUUGGCGCUAAUCCAGGUGUAGGGGUUAGGUCAGGACAAGAGGUGGCCUGGUUCUGCAUACAUUUAUAUUGCCUUCAUUAUUUUCAUGGCAACACUUAUAUGGUAGUCUGGUGACCCAGAACACUGGCGACCUAAACAGAAACCCCAUUGCCCUACCUCAACAUUGCUGUAUUAGCCCACACCCCCCCCCCAAUACAGAUGGUAGCAAUUCCACACCAGCCUCCCCAGGUUGUUCGUUUUUUGUUGGCUGUCAUUUUCAUCCAUUUCAACUAGGAUCUUCAGUGUUUUAUUUUAGAGGUCGAAAGCUACUACGCUCAGUUUACGCCCAGUGGUGAAGUACAACAACCCAAAACAGCCCUGUUAGUGAAGGCUGGGAUUCACUAUUAAUGCCAGAGGAUGCAGAAAAGACUUUGCCAAUGCUGUGUAUGUUGUCAAGUUGAUGAUGACGUUUUGCCUUAAGUGAUUAGGUUGAAGAUAUUAUUAACCCUCUAUUAUGGAAGCUGUCGUUGUGCCUCCCAUUUCGUCAUUUGCCUCUGCACUAAGUUAUCUUAAUCAUACUAGCAACUGUGAGGCAGUUGAAUGUUGUUUUGCGUAACCGAAGCCCGUUAUGUUUUAUUGUUCUGUCCCCGCUGUCAUUAUUAAGCAAGCAAUCAGUGAAUUAUCAUGAAUUUAAACACUGUUUGUCUUGAAAUGAGAAUAGAUUAUUAAUUUAGCAACUUGUUGAUUUAAUUAAGCCAUUUGGUCAAUAAAAGCCUACUGAAUGAA